AAUUAUUUGAAUCGCGUUGAGGCGCUCCCCCUCCCUCGUCUUCCUAAGCCUCAUAUUUCGUCAUCGUCAUUCCCAUUGUUACCAUUGUCCACCAAAGAAGGCAGAAGGCGGAGCAGAUCGAGCAAUGGAAGCCUUGCGAAUCCAGCCCCCGAAGCCUUCCGCCCGAUCGAUGCUCUCUCCCCUUUUCCCUCGAUCUCCCUCCUCCGCCGCCCGCAAGAAGGCUCCUCCUCUGGUUUCCAGAUCCGGGAGGGAGAACGCGAAUCCCAACGUCCACAAUGACCCUCCGCCCUCGCCUUCUCUUCUUGCUGGCAAGGCGUCGCCUCGCCGGGCCGAUGGUGUUCUCCGGAAGGAGCGUCCAAGACUGGUCGAUGCGUUGCCCGGAGAUGAUGUUUCCCCCGAUCCCUCUGAUCCUUCGGUCAAGGUGGUGGUCAGAGUAAGACCAGGGAACGAACAGAAGCGAGCAGAUGAAGGCGCCGUUCGCAAGAUCUCGCCUGAUUCUUUAGUAGUUGGAGGUCGUUCUUUCACUUUCCAUUCGAUUCUUGGUCCAGAGUCCACCCAGGAAGAUGUCUUCAAGACAGUCGGCAUACCUUCGGUGAACUAUUCUUUGGCAGGCUUCAACACUUCGAUACUAUCGUAUGGACAGACCGGGACUGGGAAAACCUACACGAUGUGGGGUCCUGCCGGUGCCAUGGUCGAUGGCAGUUCUGUUAACGGUGAGCAGGGCGUCGCUCCUCGGCUCUUCAGGAUGCUGUUCUCCGAGAUUCACAGAAAGCAAGAGAGCUCAGAAGAAAAACAAAUAAACUUUCAAUGUCGAUGUUCGUUCCUUGAGAUAUAUAAUGGUCAGAUAAAUGACUUGCUUGAUCCGACUCAAAGGAAUCUUCAGAUAAGAGGUGAUGCUAGGAAUGGUUCCCAUGUGGAGAACCUGACUGACGAGUAUGUCACCACGGUUGAGGAUGUUACCCAACUUUUGGUCAAGGGGCUUGCAAACAGAAAAGUAGGUGCAACGAGUAUGAACUCCAAGAGUUCACGUUCUCAUAUCAUCUUCACUUGCAUAGUGGAAUCCUGGUGCAAGCUGUCAGCAUCAAAGUGUUUUAGCAGUUCAAAGACUAGCAAAAUAAUCCUUGCUGAUCUUGCUGGAGCAGAUGAUGGCAUACUUGAUGCUACUGGCAAACAAUGUGUUAGAGAACGGAGGCAUAUUAAGAAGUCUCUUUCAAAACUUGGAAAGUUGGUAAACAUCCUUGGAGACGCCGAACAUCCUCCAGAAGACCACAAAGUCGCAUACAUGGGUUCCUGUUUGACUCAUCUAUUGCAGGAGACACUCGGUGGUAAUGCGAAGGUUGCAGUUAUAUGUGCAAUUUCUCCUGAUGGCGGUUCUCGAGGUGGAACACUGAGUACACUCAGAUUUGGAGACCGAGCGAAGCAGAUACAAAACAAGGCAGUGGUAAAUGAAAUAACUGAAGACGACGUUAAUGAUUUGAGUGAUCAAAUACGACAGUUGAAGGAGGAGCUUAUGAGCACAAGGCUGGAUGAAGGCAAAUCUGUUGCGACAGCAGAUGGACAUUUUAAAGGGCGAAAUGGCCGUCAAAGCUUAAAUCUUCUAAGAAUGAGCCUCAAUCGCUCUUUAAUUUUACCUCAUAUUGAUCCGGAAUCAGAUGAAGAAAUGGACGUUGAUGAAGAAGAUGUCAGCAAACUCUGCAUUCAAUUGGGUAACAUGAAUUAUUCUGCAGAAAACGAGUCAAAAGAUAAGUUAGAAAGCAAGGAUGCAAUGAUAAUUGCUGAUACUGAAGGUCCAAAUGCAGACCAAGACAGUCGAACAGACUUAGCUACGGUUGAUUCUUGUGGCCACGAAGUUAAUUUUAACUCUUCCAAGGAGAUUAGGCUUGUGGAAAUGCAUUCAGAAGUAUCUGAAAGAGAAACAGCUAACAACCACAGCGCUACACCACAAGAGGGCGAUUCCAAGAUCACAAGUACCAUUACAUGCAAAGAUUCUCUAAGAAAAUCUGGCCUGUCCAUUCCCUGCCAACAAAGGCCGAUGCUUCAAGAUCCUAUUUUGUGUUCAUCUCCUAAACUCGCAAAGAUUUUUGAGAAAACUAGUGUCUCAUCCGAGAGUCCUAGGCCUAAUUUACAUUUAGAAUCAGUUAGAAGAUCUGACAUUAUCCGCUCCUCCUUGCAGUCAAGUAAGGCCAGCCCAACUGACUCCUUGGCUGUCAGCCUACACAGAGGCUUGCAGAUUAUAAAUUAUCAUGAGAGGAACUCAGCCGCAAGAAGCUCUUUUGUAGGUCUCUCUUUUGAACACUUGACGAACAUAUCAAGCCAUUCCAAGGAUAAGGUUGAUGCCGGUAUGCAAACUGUACUCGAUGAGGGAACUGCUUCUCCUUUACUCUGUUCAGCUUGCAAGAAUGUUGUAGAUUUUAUCGGAUACAAGGAGGCAAGUGAGACACCAGAUAUGCAGAUUGUGCCAGUCAAUGAGGAUGUAAAUGCGCCUUUAGCCAAUAUCACAAAGAGAGAGAAGGAACUCGAAGCUCUAUGUGCAGAGCAGGCAGCAACGAUCAAGCAUCUGAGUUGCUUGGUUGACAAACAAAAGCAGGAAGAGGUCCAAGCUAAACAGAAUGUGCUAGCUGAUAACUGCAUGAUCACUGAAAACCAUCUCGAGGGGUCGAUGGUGAAGUGCUCGUCGAAAGAAAUUGUGGAUCACCUGCAUCGUGAUGAUGAGAGGGAAGCAUUGCUCAUGGAAAUUCAAAGCUUAAAAAACCAGCUAAAGUCUGUGAAGGAUGUUUCAGAAAAUAAUUGUCUUCUUGAGCAGAUAAGAAAUGGUGGAACCUCUUGUUCAGGAAUAGGGGUGGAGGAGUUUGAGAUGGAAAAGCGGAAGUGGAUGGAGUCUGAGAGCAGAUGGAUCUCUCUCACCGAGGAGUUGAGACUUGACCUCGACAAAAACCGCAGGUUUGCAGAGAAGAAAGAGAUUGAACUUAACAUGGAAAAGAACUGCACUACGGAGCUGAACGAUGCCCUGCAGCGAGCGAUCCUUGGGCAUGCUAGAAUUGUCGAACACUACGUAGAACUGCAGGAGAAGUAUGACGAGUUGCUACUGAAGCACCGGAAAAUCAUGGAAGGAAUUGCAGAAGUGAAGAAGGCAGCUUCAAAGGCAGGAGGCAAGGGUUCUGGUUCUGCUUUUGCUGCAGCUCUUGCAGCAGAGCUGUCAACCCUGAGAAUUGACAGGGAGAAAGAGAGGGCCUAUCUCAAGGAGCAGAACAGGAGACUAACAAUUCAACUCCGUGAUACAGCAGAAGCUGUACAUGCUGCUGGAGAGCUUCUUGUUCGACUGCGAGAAGCAGAAGAAGCAGCUGCUCUAGCAGAGGACAAGCAUGGGAAAGCCCAGCACGAGGUGGAGAAAAUGAGGAAGCAGAUGGAGAAGCUGAAGAGAAAGCAUGCGAUGGAGCUGGUCACCAUGAAACACUUCCUUGCCGACAGUCGGUUGCCUGAAUCGGCACUGAAGCCGCUCUAUCACGAGUCCGAGAUAGUGGAAGAGGGCAAAGCUACUGCGACUGAUGAUGAUCAAUCAUGGAGGGCUGCAUUCCGGCCUUCGUACCAAUAGAUCAACGGAAAUGGAGGAGUUUAGACUAAUCCAAGAUGUCUUGGACGGGGAGGGGAUGAUACGAUAGGGCUCGAGGGAUGAGUUGCUUUUACUUGUUGCCCUUGUAAUAUUUCUUCAGGAGCGAGGCCACUAUUCCCUUUGGCAACAUCAACGCAUUGUUACCCUCUCGAUUUGGUGUGUCCUAUUGUAGCCUUCGUUUGAUUGAUUUGGAUAUUUGAUUCGUGGUUGGUUCAAAACUAGAUCAGAAUUAGAAUGAUCCUUUUUUUGUCAAUGUUCUUGAAUUCC